AUGCUUACGAUGUCAAAGUUGAAAGCCGUCGAGCUUAUACCCGAAGAGGCGGUGGCGGCGACGACGACGAUCGCGACGAUGAGGGGAAGAAGGAAAUUAGCGGCCUUGCCGCCUUGGCCUGUCUUCGUCUCCCGGCUACUCAGCGCAAUGACUCUGAGGCGACGAAGGACUUGGGAUGGAAGGAGGAACCGAGGUAUGGAUUCGGGACGGAUGGACGGACGAGACAAGGUCCACGAUGGGUUCAGCGACGUUGUUGCUCACUUUAUUCCCUGGCGUUUACGGCACUGUGUCUAUUAUUCCUUCUUGGUGUUGGCUGGGCGUACUCCCUUACCCGUUCGCAGUAAUGGGUCCUAUAGUAGUAUUUCACCUCCAGAUGUGAAAAUGAACACAUGA